GUUUGACUAGAUAGUCUGUUGGUUUGGCCUUGCGAGAACAUGGGUUUACCUAGGUAGAGAGGCUGUGAUCUGCGAUGCAGGUCUAUGUAUUGGAUCGCAUUGCAUGCAUUGCAUUGUGUUGUGAGGGGUAGGAUUGCCACGCCAUGACGCGCAAGAUUGUAAAUUAGAGGCUGGGUUACCCAUUGGGGGAAGGCCGAGCUGAGCUGAAUGGUGAUUGCAGGUAUGGGUACCCGGCUUUUGCUACUCGCGUCCGAUCUUGUGAUGUCUCGCCAAUCAUGAUGGUAAGUGGGCGUUGUGUAGGUGCAGAGAUCUGCAUGGAUGAUGGUGAUAAUGGAUUUGGGAAAGAGGGGAAGUCAAAGAAAAAGCAAAGGUAUAAAUGGAUCCUAGAAUACCUUCUUUUCCCUGGCUAUAUUCAUCAAUAACGGAUAUAAAGUUACCAUGGUCGCAUUGACAGCAGCGAUUCCUCCUGCAACGGAACUCCUUCAUGUGGACGAUACCAUCGGAUACCGCUGGGUUCUGUCGGACACCGAACGUACUCAUAUUGCGUCUAUGUUGAAGACGGAUGCCACCUCCAUAACCCUCCGUGGCAAUAUAAUGGGCCAGGCGCGUCGAGUCUGCACAAACUGCGGCAAGCACUCUGGUCUCGAUGACCUCGUCCACAACGCACUAGCACUAGGCGUCCACAGCGACGCCUUCAUGCUUGAUAUCCUGCAGAACGGACCCAAUAAUCCCAGUCCGGCCCAUGCCUUGCUCUGCUCGAACUGCGGUGAACAGCAUGAAAGGGGGUUCUAUUGGAUUCCUUCAGUGUCGUGGAUUUAGGCGUUUAUUGAUUCCGUCUUGUCUUUGUGGGAGGGGGUGGGUUGGUCUUGUUUUGUCUUACAUAGUUGGAAUUGGUCUAUGUUGAUAGUAGUUAGUUAUUGAGUUUGUGUUAGGAUGGAUCUUUGCGUUGUUUGAAA